CCGGGGCGCGCGGCCGCGGCCCACCCGGCCGGUUGAGCCCCCGGGCUUCGGCGCGCUCGGCGGCGGGAGUUCUCGUGGGAGCCAUGAAGCUGAAUGAGAGGAGCGUGGCCCACUACGCUCUGAGCGACACUCCUGCCGACCAAACGGGAUUCCUGCGCACCUGGGGGGGCCCAGGGGCGCCCCCCACCCCCAGUGGCACGGGCCGAAGAUGCUGGUUUGUCCUCAAGGGCAACCUGUUGUUCUCCUUCGAGAGCCGGGAGGGCCGGGCACCGCUGAGCCUGGUGGUGCUGGAGGGCUGCACCGUGGAGCUGGCCGAGGCGCCUGUGCCGGAGGAGUUUGCCUUUGCCAUCCGCUUCAAUGCCCCGGGAGUGCGGCCACACGUGCUGGCGGCAGAUGGGCCGGCGGCCCAGGAGGCCUGGGUGAAGGCGCUGUCCCGGGCCAGCUUUGGCUACAUGCGCCUGGUGGUGCGUGAGCUGGAGAGCCAGCUGCAGGCUGCCCGCCAGAGCCUGGCCCUGCAUCGCUGCCCAUCCCAGAGAGCUGCGGCCAGCCGUGGCAAGCCCCAGGCCCCCGACCACGGGUCUCCAGGCCUACAGAAUGGCCACGUCCUCUCCAGGGACUGCAGCCCCAGGGGCUCCGUGGAAGAAGGGGGCAGCAGGCCGGGAGGGUGGGGCUUGGCUGAGUGGGAGCCGCAGGGCUGCUCUGCCAGCCUCCUCCUGGGCAGAGGGCAGAGCCCUGUCUCCCCUGAGACCUCCUGCUUCUCGACCCUGCAUGACUGGUAUGGCCAGGAGAUCACAGAGCUGCGGCGGGGGUGGCAGCGGCUGGCCCGCAGGAGCCGACCGGACCACGAGGAGCAAGACAGGCCCUGAGUCGGGGCCCUGGGAGCUCAGCCCUGGGCCUGCGGGUCAGGACGCCGGGCCUGCGCUUCUUCAGGAGUUCAAUGUUUGCUCAUUCCCAAUCUUGCUCCGGGGGACACUCCUCUUUCUCCCACCUUCGAGGCCUUCUGCCCGUUCCACCUGCUGCCUUGGGCCUGGAGAGGACCCAAGAAUCGUUGACUUCUGCCUCUGUCUCCUGAGACCCAGGGAGAGAGCUGAGAGGCGGCUGCUGAUGAAACGAGGGACGUGAGGAAUGUUCCACGGCCACAGGCUGCCCUGCCUUUGACUGACACGCCACAAUCUGGAGCCACAAGUCCUGCCACGCCGGGGCUGGUGUGCACUGCCCUACCAGAGGCGGGCUGCCAUACUGGCUCGAGGGCUUGGCAUUGUCAAGGAAACGGAUUUCUUGUGUCUUAGGGGUUUCUGGGGUCCAGCUCUUCCUGAGAGGAGUGGGAAGACUGGACACGGAACCCAGGACAGUUCUGGGUUCUGCUCAGGCAGUGUGUGUGGGCGGGGGGCAGCCUCUGGGUGGCGGCCCUGUGGACGGUGCCUCGGGGUGGGCUGCCUGCACUCUGUCCUUAGCAGCCAGCUUUCCGAGCCGCCAAGGGGGAAGUUAAAGCAGAGGUGGAGACAGCGUGGCUCCCUGGGGAGCCCCGGUUUCUUACUUCACUUCUUGGUGCCGGGCACUCUAGGAGCUUGGAUGCGGGAUUCUCAGCACCCGGUGAUAAAUUCUUCUGUCUGGCUGGGCUCCCACAGAGGUGCGCUUGCUCUCUAAGCUGCUCCUGACACCACCUGGAAAGUCUCCGAGUCCUGCCUGUCGCCCAGGGUGGACCUGCCACCCCCGGCAGCCUGGAGCCAAGACUUUUCUGUUGCUGGGCCGAGGAGUGUGCAGGCCGGCAGCGGCUGGCGGGGCGAUGCAGAGCCUUGUCGGCUGACCCAGCCCUGAACGGGAGCCCCGCAGCCCCGUUACACUUAGCUGAUCCAGGUCUUGGCUACCUUUCUUAUUGUUACCGUGGCUUUUAUAAGAUGCCAACGCUAUGCAGUGUUAUUAUUAUCAUUAUUUUCGGUUAUUGCAGUCACUGCUUUUACAGAUGACGAGGGAAGUGACCCAGGUCCGGGGCCGGGUUUCAUGGGGCGCAGCCUCCACCAGGCUUGUUCCCAGCCCUGUACUGCAGCCCCACUGCCCACUGCACCUGUUCUAUACUCGAUACCACAGGCCUUUGCUGUUUCUGUACUGUUACAGUGUUUUUAUACGAUCAAAACAUUUCAGUAAAGUUUUCUCCAU